AUGCGUUCGUUUCUUCUCAAUGCCCUGGUGGGGGCAGCCCUGCUCGGCCCUGCUGCCGCUGAAUCGAGCCCCGUGGUCGAAACCCACAACGGCUACGUCCGUGGCACGACUUCCGAGUACGUGCCCGGUGUCAACGUCUUCAAGGGCAUCCGGUACGCAAACGCGCCGGUAGGCGAGUACCGUUGGGCUCACCCGCCCCACCCGGACACCUGGGACGGCAUCAAGAAUGUCACCACCUAUCCGCCCGAGUGCCCCCAGAUGUCGGGUGGCGAGGGCAGCGUCUCGGGCGAUGAGGACUGCUUGUUCCUCAACAUUUACACGCCCGCCAACUUCACCACCACCUCCAACUACCCCGUCUAUUUCUGGAUCUACGGCGGCCGCUACUCGGGCGGCUCGGCCUCGGCCCUGACCUACGAAGGCUCCGGGCUGGCGGCCCAGGGCGUUGUCGUCGUCACCGUCAACUACAGACUCGGCGCCCUUGGCUUCCUGGCUCACCCCAACCUGACGGCCGACGCGGGCAUUCCCUCGGGCAACUGGGGCUUCCAUGACCAGAUUGCCGCGCUGCACUGGACCAACGAGAACAUCCAGAACUUUGGCGGCAACCCCAGCCAGAUCACCAUCGGCGGCCAGUCGGCGGGCGCCGGCUCCGCCCUCACCCACGUCUACUCUCCUCUGUCGGCAGGCCUGUUCCAGGGCGCCAUUGCCGAGAGCGGUGCCCGGGAUCCGCACGAUCCGUUGACUGGUUCUCUCGCCAGCAGCCACCGCAACAUGAGCGCCGCUCUGGCCCAGGGCAUCACUUAUCUCUCCGAGCUGAACGUCAGCACCGUUGCCGAGGCCCGCAACCUGUCCGUCGAGACGAUUCUGGGCACUGGUUCUAGCCAGGACACCACCUUCGUGGGCACCGGCUUUGACGGCAACCAGGCCUACAUGGAGCCCCCGCUCUACCGACCUGUCGUCGACGGCUACGCCCUGCCGCACACGUACGCGCAGCUCCUGUCCAACUGCUCGCAGAACGACGUGCCCGUCCUGACCGGCAACAACAAGGACGAGAGCGGCGCCUCGGCGCCCGCCCCUUCGAUGAACGUCAGCACCUACAACUCCAGCAACGAAGCUCUGUUCGAGCCGCUCGGCCUGUUCGGGAAGUUCUUCGACCUGUUCCCCGCCUACACGGACGACGAGGCGGCCCUCCAGACCAACAACUACUACCGCAACACCAGCCUCGUGUCGACAAUGGGCUGGACCAAGGACUGGGUCGCUGGCGGCGCCAAGAGCGACGUCUACACGUACUUCUGGACGCACGCGCCGCCGGGCCAGAGCGCGGGCGCCUUCCACGGCAGCGAGCUCAACUACGUCUUCAACAACAUGCCCUGGGGCACGACGCUGGGCGGCGAUUCCCUCAACUGGACCAGCACAGACUAUGCCAUCGCCAAGACCAUGACCCACUACUGGGUCAACUUCAUCAAGAGUGGCAACCCCAACGGCGGCAACCUGCCCGUGUGGGAUCCCGCCACCCAAGCCAAUUCGUCCAAGACGGCCAUGCACUUGGGCGGCCCGACCUGGGGUCCCAUCAGCGUCGGCUCGGAUGAGGUCGUCGAGCUGAUUGAGGGCCUCUUCGCUGCGCAGAAGGCUUACUAG